AUGCUCUUUGAUCAAUCUCCCCAUGAUAUGUUUGUUGAAGAACCUGUUGUUGUGACAAAAAACUACCAGCAUGUUCUGGCCUUGGUAUUGGCCGUGAAGGAGGUCAAUGAAAAUCCCAGGCUUUUACUGAAUAUUACAUUGGGAUUCCACAUCUAUGACAGCUACUUCAAUGAAAAGAUGACUUACCAAAGCACCCUCAAUCUUCUGUUUGGCCUGAAAACCAUUGCUCCCAAUUACAAAUGUGACACACAGAAGAAUCUGAUAGCUGUAAUUGGAGGACUUGAUUCUGAAACUUCCCACUACAUGGCCAGCAUCUUACAUAUUUAUAAGAUUCCCCAGAUUGCUUAUUACGUAUUUGGACCUAUGCUGAGUACCAAGAUCCAGUUCCCUUUCAUCUACCGCACUGUCCCCAGUGAAGAAUAUCAGUAUUCUGGGAUUGUCCAACUACUGCUGCAUUUCUUAUGGACAUGGGUUGGGAUCAUCACAUUGGAUGAUGACAAAGGAGAGAAUUUUAUACAGAUUUUGAUGGCAAUGCUUUCUCAGAAUGGCAUUUGUUCUGCUUUCACUGCAAGAAUGCCAUCCCUUACUAGUUUUUCUCAAUUGUAUGACAAAUACUUCAACACUGGGAUUCUGCUCCAUCUUUUUAGCCACAGUAAAUCCAAAGUACUUGUUGUAUUUGCGGAAACUCUGUCAACAUUGGGCUUGAAGUUGCUGCUAAUACAGAAUGAAAAUAUGGAAGGAACUCUGGGCAGAGUGUGGAUCAUGACAGCACAGUGGGAUUUUCCAGCAGUGCAGUUUCACAGGAACUGGGAUAUACGUAUCUUCCAGGGAACAUUGUCUUUUGCAGUUCACUCCAAUGAAGUGGCAGGAUUUCAAAACUUCCUUCUGGCUUUAAAACCAAACUUAUUAAAUGGGGACAAUUUUAUCAAGGACUUCUGGGAACAGUCUUUCGACUGCCUAUUUUCAGAUGCUCAUGAAGGUGGGGAGAGCCCUGGAACUUGCACUGGGAAGGAAACCUUGCAGAGCCUUUCUGGACCCUUCUUUGAAAUGAGCAUGACUCCCCAAAGCUACAGUGUAUACAGUGCAGUCUACAUUGUGGCACAUGCCUUACAUGCCAUGUUUUCAUCAGCUAUCAAGCUCAGACUGGCAGCAGCACUUCCAAAUCCCCAACCAUGGCAGCUCCAUCAUUUCUUGCAGAGAAUUUCAUUUAACAACAGUGUGGGUGACCAGGUGUCUUUGGAUGAGAAUGGUGAAUUGGAAAGUGGAUUUGAUAUCAUCAAUUGGGUUACUUUUCCAAACAAAUCUUUCUCAAGAGUGAAAGUUGGAAGGAUGGAUCCAUGGGAUGUACAAGCCAAAGAGCUCACCAUUGAUGAGGAUACCAUCACAUGGCACGACGCAUUUGAUCAGAUGACACCCUCUUCAGUGUGCAAUGAUGAAUGCCACCCGGGUUCUGUUAGGAAAAAGAAGGAGGGGAAACCAUUCUGUUGUUAUGAUUGUGACCCAUGUCCAGAAGGGAAGAUCUCUAACCAAAAAGACAUGGACAGCUGUAUUGAGUGCCCAGACGACAAGUAUCCAGACAGCAACCAAGAAGGAUGCCUUCCCAAGCUCUUAAACUUUCUGCAUUACGAUGAAAGAUUGAGCAUCGGUUUAGUUCUUAUGGCUUUUUCAUUCUCCCUGGUCACAGCUUGGGUGCUGGGGACGUUCAUCAAGUAUCGAAGCACUCCCAUCGUCAAAGCCAAUAAUCGUGGGCUCACCUACACGCUGCUCCUCUCCCUGCUGCUGGGCUUCCUCUGCUCCUUGCUGUUCAUUGGCCGUCCUCAGCCAGUCAGCUGCCUCCUUCGGCAGACGGCUUUUGGCACCAUCUUCUCAGUGGCUAUUUCUUCUGUUUUGGCAAAGACACUGAUGGUGGUUCUGGCAUUUGUGGCCACAAAGCCAGGAUCCAGGAUCAGGAGCUGGGUGGGGAAAAGAGUGGCGGCCUUGAUUGUUCUCUCCUGCUCCCUGAUUCAAGCAGCCAUAUGCACUGCAUGGCUCUGGACUGCUCCUCCGUUCCCAGAUCUGGACAUGCACUCUUUGGCCCAGGAAGUUGUGUUGUAUUGCAAUGAAGGCUCUGUCCUCAUGUUUUAUGGGGUCCUGGGCUACAUGGCCUUUUUGUCUUUAGUAAGCUUUGUGGUGGCUUUCUUUGCUAGGAAGCUGCCUGAUGCCUUUAAUGAAGCCAAGUUCAUCACUUUCAGCAUGCUGAUGUUUUGCAGUGUGUGGGUCUCAUUUGUUCCGACUUACCUGAGCACCAAGGGGAAAUACAUGGUGGUUGUGGAGAUCUUCUCCAUCUUGUCCUCCAACGCUGGUUUACUGGGCUGCAUCUUUUUCCCCAAAUGUUAUAUAAUUGUCCUGAGGCCUGAGCUGAACAACAAAGAACAACUGAGAAGGAGAAAUAUGUAG